AUGAAGCGCAAAAGAGGACACAAGAAAGGGAACAAGUCGAAAAAACCGAAACUUGUAAUCGAAAACGCUGAGAAGGAAACCUCUGAGCAAAGCUCUGGUGCUCCUGCUGAGUGCGAGAAUAGUGAACAUGAGUCUAAAAUUGAGGUUGAUGCACCUUCUUCUACAGGGAGUGGCAACUCGCCAAACGCUAGUGUAGAUCCCGCUGCAUCAGACACGGCGGCUAAGUCCGUUGUUGGACGCGUUAAGGUCAAGCUGAAGAGCUCGAAAGCACCAGAGCCCGAUGAUAUCGAUAAGAGCGGUCCUCCUCAGGCGGAGCCGGAGAAACCUGCUAUUGUGGCUGUUGAGAAGAAGGAGGAGCCGUUUCCGGUUCCGGUUCCUCGAAAACCGGUGUUUCUGAAUGUUUAUAGGAAGACUAAAGGGAUAAAGAUUAAGUCUUUGAAGCCUGUUGAUGGAUCUAGCUCAGUUGCUGCUGAGAAGAGCGUUGAUGUUGCUGUUGAUGCUGCCAAGGCGGCUCCGGAGGAUGCAAAUGUAGUUGAAAAGGAUACGAAAACGACUAACGAGAGUCCUCAAGUGAAGAAGAUAGAGCCAGAGAGCGCGCCGGUUUCUUCUCAGGACGAGCAGAAGAAGAAGACUGAUCAAGAUUCACGAUACAGUAAGCAAGAACUGGAAGAUUCUCUUAAGGUGAUCAAGAAGAUUAUGAAGAUGGAAGCUGCUGAUUCCUUUAAUGUUCCUGUUAACCCAGAAGCUCUUGGAAUUCCUCCAGAAGCUCUUGUGAAAGUUCAACUCUUUGUUAUGUUAAACUUAGCCUUUGAGAAUUCUCAACUAGAGGAUGGUGGGAAGGCAUCCUCCAAAGGAAAGCAGAAGAGCCAUAAACGCCAUGGAAGGCACCACAAGAGUGAUUGCAUGUGCGCGAUAUGUGUUUUGAAGCGACGUAAAAGAGAACGUCAAGGCUCUCAAGGACAUUCUGGAGCACAAGAGGAAUCUUCACCCGUGGGAAGCCCAUCUGUGGAUAAUUCAUCAAUAAACAUGGGUGAGGAGCAGGACAUGGAUGUUGAUACAGACAGCAAAACAGGACAAGGAAAGUCAGAAACCGUGGAACUAGACAGUCCGGUGGCAAAAAGACAAAGAGUGAAUGAAAGUAAAGAAGAGGUGGAGGAGGAAGAAGAAGAAGAAGAAAAAGAAGGUAAAGAGGAAGAGGAAGAAAACGUUGAGGAGCUUCAAGAGUUGGAGCGUAAACGAUGGAGAGCGAAGAUUCAUGAGAAGUUUCAACUCAGAAACCCACAGGUUCUAAGUCUCUGUGAAAUUAUCUUCCCUAACAACAACAACAGUUCUGUCUGGAACGGACCACACUCGCUGUUUAAAGGUAGGGGAGGUUCAAAUCGUAGUAGCUCACUACACAAAGCAGUUGAGGCGUUAAUGAAGUUAUAA